GACAUCGCCCACCAUGACGACAGUCUCAACCACCACCACCACCACCACCUAUACUCUCCCUGCGCAGGUGGACGAGAAGUAUCCCGCCGUCUUCCACCACGAGUUCCGCCUCGAGCAGCGGACAGACCCUUCUUAUACCACCACUACUUCUGCUACAUCUACUCCUGCCACCCCCCACCAGUCCAGUCAGACCCCCGAGAUCAGACCACUUUCUCCAAAGACCACUCAGAGUGCCCUGUUGCUCCAUGGCGUGGGUGAGCAGUACACCCUGGUGACCGAUCAUGCCAUCCCCGCCAUCUCCAAGCCGGAGGAGAUCCUCGUCAAGAUCCAAGCCAUCGGCCUAAACCCCGUCGACUGGAAGGGCCCCGCCUACAACUUCGGUCUCCCCACCCUCCCCUGGAUCAACGGCCGCGACCUCGCCGGCAUCGUCGUGCAGACCAACACCCACGACAAGAACAGCCGCAUCCGCGUCGGCGACCGCGUCCUCGUCCCCUCCACCGACUACCGCGACAUCCGCAAGGCCGCGUUCCAGCAAUACGCCGUCGCCACGCACUUCAACGCCGCCCGUAUCCCCGAGUCGGUCUGUCUGCAGGAAUCGGCCUCGCUGGGCGUGGCCUUCGUCGCGUCUGUCCUGGCGCUGGGCGUCUCCCUGGGUCUGGAUUUCUCGGGGGCGCAGCGCUGUCCGGGGCCGAAUUUGGUGGAGACGGUGCUGGGGUUGGAUGUUGAGGGGAUUCCCGUGGAUAUUCGCGAGCAGUGUUUGGCUGCCGUGCCGAGGGAGGAGAGGUUACGGGGGGGCGAGUGGAUUGCUAUCUGGGGUGCCUCAACAACAACCGGCUACAUAACUCUCCAACUCGCCAAACUGGCCGGGCUAACAGUAAUCUGCGUGGCCGACAUCGCCCGCCACGGAUCCCGACUACAUCAUCUCGGCGCCGACGUCCUCGUCGACCGACAGGACCCCGAGCGCGCCGUCGAUAUCAUCCGCGGCGUGACGGGAGGUAAGCUGCGGUAUGCGGUAGAUAUCGUGGGCAGCGAGACGGCGACCCUAUUGGAGCGGACGCUCGAUGACUCGGUGCGGGACGAUGGCUCGCGUGCCCAUUUACUGGGGCUGACGGGGUUGCCCAAGGUCAGGAAGAGUGGGAUUGUGUAUCACACUGUGCCGAUUAAGUUGUUUCAUUUGUCCGAUGUGGUCGGGGAGAGCAUGGUGGGUUGGUUGGAGGCGCUGUUGGAGACCGGGGCGUUGCAGUUGCCGGAGAUUGUCAGGAGGGAGGGCGGCUUGGGCAAUGUUAAUGAGUCGUUGGAGAUUUUGAGACUGGGGAGUGUCUCUGGGAAGAGGAUCGUCGUGGAUUUGGAGGAAUAGAUGAUAGAUAGAGAGAUGGGCGGUCGGUGUUUGGGUCGAUAUUUUGGUUACUAUGUUGGGUUGGUUUGGGGGUGGCUUUGUACAUAGGGAGGGUUGCUAUGAGGGUUUAGAUUAAAA